AUGGAAGCUGAUCCUAUACCUGUUAAGUCAGAUGGUCAAUUGAAUCUAAGUACACAAGUUGAAAAUUCUCAACAAUCAAAUUCACAACCACAAUCACAACUACAACCACAACAAGAAGAACAACCAGACCGCUCGUCCUCGCUAUCAUUACAGCAAAAGCAACAGAUUCAAUUACAACAAGAAAAUAGAUCACAAUAUGUAUCAGAACAAAAUAUAAAUUUACGUAAAAUAUCACAUCCACCAACAAUUAGAAUAAUACCACCAUUAAAUUUUUGUCCUGUUGAAAAACAAUUAUAUAGAUCAGGUCAACCAUCAAUUAUAAAUCAAUCAUUUUUAAAUCAAUUAAACCUAAAGACAAUAAUAUGGUUAGCUUCAGAAGAACCCAAUGAUGAAUUUUUAGAUUAUUGUAUUGAUAAACAAAUAAACAUUGAAUAUGUUGGUAUGUUAAAUGAAUAUGAGUUCGAUCAAUCAAAUAACCAAUCAGUGGUACCAAACAUUAAUCCAUGGGAUUCAUUAAAUGAACCAACUAUAAAAAAAGCUCUUGAAAUAAUAUUAAAUAAAUCAAAUUAUCCAAUGUUAGUAUGUUGUGGAAUGGGUAGACAUCGUACAGGUACCAUAGUGGGAUGUUUAAGAAGAUUACAAGGUUGGAAUUUAGCUAGUGUAAGUGAGGAAUAUAGAAGAUUUACUGGUUCAAGAGGUGGUAGAAUCUUGGUUGAAUUAUUAAUUGAAGGAUUUGAUAUACUGUCUGUAAACAUUGAUCCAAAUUUAGCUCCAGAUUGGUUAAAAACUAAAUAA